AUGCCCUCGAGCACCAUGACAUCCAUCCACUCAUCGCCGUCCCUCACCUCCCUCGCGAGCACCUCCACCGCCGUCUCUACCACACCCAUCUGCAGCCCAAAACCGAAGGACUCGGAGUCCGAGUCCGGGCGAGUCGGCUCCCACCUCUCCACGUACCCCGGCGCGCCGCGUUCCAAACCGCAAUCGUGGCUGAAGCGCGCGCUCGGUGCGACACACUCGGGCUCGGGCUCGAGCCCCGCGCCCAAAAUGAAACCACCGAUGACGGAGGAGGAGCGGCGGAAGGACGUAGCGCGGCGGGCGCGCGAGGCCGAGCUCGCGAAGUUCACGGCCAAGUACGGGUUCAGCGGCGGUGCGGGUCCGAUCCGGUGA